GAGAAGGUGUGCGGGAGCCGGGCCGGCCCCGCGCUGAGCCCCGCCACCACGGGCCGGAUGGACGGCGCGGCGGGGCCCGGGGCCGCGGACCCCCGGGGCGGCUGAGCUGGUCCAUGGCCGCGGCCGCCGCCGCCUUCGCGUGGGCCUCCUUCCCCGCCAUGCCGACGCGGCGCGUCUACUGCAGCGCCGCGCACCGCGACGGGCAGCUCUUCGUGCUGGGCGGCUGCGGCGGCAGCGGGCGCGCCUUGGGUGCCGCCGAGGUGCUCGACCUCCAGACCCAGCGCUGGACCACGCUCCCGCAGUUGCCCACGCCGCGGGCUGGCGCUGCCGCCCUCGCCGUGGGCAAGCAGAUCCUCGUGGUGGGCGGCGUGGACGCCUCGCAGAGCCCCCUCGCCUCCGUGGAGGUCUACAACGUGGAUGAGGGCAAGUGGGAGAAGAAGGCAGCCCUGGCGCAGCCAUCCAUGGGCAUCUCCGCUGUCCAGCGAGACGGCGCCGUCUACGCGCUGGGCGGGAUGGGUGCGGACACAGCCCCGCAGGCGCUGGUCCGCGUGUACGAGCCGGCCAAGGACCGCUGGCAGCCCCUGCCCUCCAUGCCCACCCCCUGCUACGGGGCCUCCGCCUUCCUGCAGGGCAACAAGAUCUUCGUCUUGGGGGGCCGGCAGGGCAAGCUGCCCGUCACCGCCUUCGAGGCCUUUGACCUGGAGACGCGGAGCUGGACGCGCUACCCCAGCGUGCCCAGCCGCCGCGCCUUCGCCGGCUGCGCCAUGGCCGAGGGGGUCGUCUUCAGCCUGGGGGGCCUGCAGCAGCCGGGGCCCCACAACUUCUACUCCCGGCCCCACUUCGUCAACACCGUGGAGAUGUUCGACCCCGCGCAGGGCGCCUGGAGCAAGCCGAGCCGUGCCGUCCGCAUGAGGGAGAAGAGAGCCGACUUUGUGGCCGGCUGCCUUGGAGGAAGAGUGGUGGCCGUGGGCGGCCUCGGCAACCAGUCGUGCCCGCUGGACUCGGCCGAAGGCUUCAGCCUCUCGCGCAAGAAGUGGGAGCCGCUGCCGCCCAUGCCCACCGGCCGCUGCUCCUGCUCCAGCUGCCCGGCGCCCGGCCUCCUCUUCGUCAUCGGCGGCGUGGCCCAGGGCCCCAGCGGCGCCGUGGAGGCCCUGCGCCUGCGCGAGGCGCCCUGAGCGGGCGCCCCGGGGACCGGCCCCAGCGGAGCACCAAGUGCCUCAAGUCGGGGACAGGGUGGGCUCGCUCGCGGGAGCCGCCGCGGAGGCGGCGCCGGCGCCGGCGGGGCCGCGCCGUGCGUGUAGCCGUGCGUGCCGUGUCGUCGUAGACCCAGUCGGUGUCUCAUGUAGCGCAGAGGUGCCCUGUAGCUCAGUGCCUAGGAGGUGACGUAGCGCCUCGAAUAAACGCAACGCGUGCCGUUGUACCGCGC